AACAUUUUGUGGAGGUUAUCACUAAAUCACGAACUACAAUUAUUUCAUUGGCCCCAGAUGAUACCGAUUCAGCCCUUUCAUUAAAUUUUGUAAUUCAUUGAAAUUACAGUUCUUGUAUUUCCGGCAAGAGAUAAGUGUGUUUGUGAAGACAAUAGACUAAAGAAAAUGUUACACAUUGAAUGUAAAGAUUCCAAUUUGGAACCAGUACCCAUUAAGAUUGGUAUUAUUGGUGGCUCUGGUCUAGAUGAUCCUGAUAUUUUGGAACAACGCAAAGAAACUGUGGUUACUACACCUUAUGGCAGUCCUUCCGAUGCUUUAAUUGAAGGCGAAAUCAAUGGUGUAAAGUGUGUGUUAUUGGCUCGUCAUGGCCGUAAACAUAAUAUCAUGCCUACCAAUGUUAACUAUAGAGCCAAUAUUUGGGCUUUGCGUCAAGUGGGCUGCACACAUUUGAUUGUUUCUACCGCCUGUGGUUCAUUGCGUGAAGAAAUUAAGCCCGGCAAUUUGGUAGUGCCUAGCGAUUUUAUAGAUCGUACUACUAAGAGGGCACAAACAUUUUACGAUGGUGCCGACACCAGUCCACAAGGUGUCUGUCAUUUGCCCAUGUAUCCGGCCUUCAGUGAAAGAUGUAGACAAAUUCUAGUGGCCAGUGCCAAAGAGUUAGGUAUUGAUGUACACGAUAAGGCUUGCAUUGUCACCAUUGAGGGACCACGUUUUUCAUCACGUUCCGAAAGCAACAUGUUUAGACAAUGGGGUGGUGAUUUAAUCAAUAUGACCACCUGUCCCGAAGUGGUUUUAGCCAAAGAAGCUGGUUUGCUUUAUGGUUCAGUGGCAAUUGCUACCGAUUAUGACUGUUGGCGUAUGGGUUGUGAAGGUGUCAAUGUUCAAGAUGUUUUAAAGACAUUUGCCGAAAAUGUUGCCAAAGUUAAACAGAUCUUAGUGAAAGCUGUGACCAAUAUAGCCAAAGAAGAUUGGACAGAAGCUGUACUAGAUGCUAAGCAAUGUGUUUGCAAUAAUACCAUGUCCGCUAAAAUGUGACGUUUUUUAAAACUUUGCCAGGAAAUAACCGAAGAAUCUUUGCAGCACAAGAAGCCCGUAAAACGCAGUAAUAGAUGGGCUUUCAGUUCACCAAAUAGUGAAUUGAAACCUAAAAUUCAGUCCAUUUCCAUAUUGUAUGAAUUAGCAGUUAAUAAAACAACAACAAAAGCAAAAACACAAAAUAAACCGAAAUCCAAAAUACAAAUUAAGCGUUUAAACGUUUAAUUUGCUAGUAUUUAAAAAUGCAUUUAAUUUCUCAAUUCCUUAUAAACCAAAUAAAAACUAAAUGUUCAUUCAUCUCAA